UGCUGCCAGUACAGCUUCUCGUGCACCGCCAUCUGUAGAAAAAUUCUCGUAUUCUAUAUAGCUGCUGCUGUAAGAGAGCGCAUGGCAGCGGAGGGAGGGAGGUGUAAUCACAAGAUCAGCCAAGAGCAACAACACAGCAGCAGGGAGAGCAGCUCUUGAAGCCAUUGUAUUCGUAUAUAUUGAGCGACGGCACGGUUAAUAGAGAACGGGGGCUGUCGUUUUGAACGGAUUGGGAGAUCAGGUGUUUUUAAAGGGAUGCCAAAAGAAAAAUAUGACCCACCUGAUCCACGGAAGAUGCAUACAAUUAUGUCAGCUGAAGAGGCAGCAAAUGGGAAAAAAUCUCACUGGACAGAAUUGGAAAUAAGCGGGAGAGUUCGAUAUUUGAGUUCGUCGUUAUUUUCGUUCACACAUUUAAUGGCACUUCAUCUUGGCGACAAUUCAUUAUCGCACAUUCCUCCUGACAUUGCCAAGCUUCAAAACUUGGUUUAUCUAGAUCUGUCCUCGAACAAACUUCGAAGUUUACCAGCAGAACUUGGGAACAUGGUUUCUCUCAGGGAGUUGCACUUAAAUAACAACCUGUUAAGAGUUCUGCCUUUUGAAAUGGGAAAACUGUUUCAGUUACAGACUCUGAGCUUAAAAGGCAAUCCUUUGGCACAAGACAUCUUGAACCUUUAUCAAGAACCUGAUGGCACACGGAAGUUACUGAAUUACUUGCUUGAUAAUUUGGCAGGUACUGCAAAAAGAAUGCCAGCAGAACCACCACCUCCCAGGUCAUGGAUUGUGUUACAGGAACCACCUACACAGCAGUCUGCUGUCUUUACGGUCAUGUGUUAUAAUGUUCUCUGCGAUAAGUAUGCAACUCGGCAAUUGUACGGCUACUGUCCUACCUGGGCGCUGAACUGGGAGUACAGGAAAAAGUUCAUUAUGCAGGAGAUCUUGAGCUGUAAUGGAGAUAUCGUAAGUCUCCAGGAAAUUGAAACAGAACAGUUCUUCAACUUUUUCUUGGAUGAGUUGAAACAGCAUGGAUAUGAAGGCUUUUUCAGUCCAAAGUCCCGGGCAAGGACAAUGUCUGAACAAGAAAGAAAGCAUGUAGAUGGCUGUGCAAUAUUCUUUAAAACUGACAAAUUUAAAUUAGUUUCGCGACACACUGUGGAAUUUAAUCAGCUGGCCAUGCAAAACUCUGAUGGAUCUGAAGCCAUGUUGAAUCGAGUUAUGACGAAGGAUAAUAUAGGCGUAGCUGUUUUACUGGAGUUACGAAAAGAACUCGUAGAGCUGUCCACUGGAAAGCCAUACCGUGCCUUGGAAAAGCCAGUAGUUCUGGUUGCUAACGCACACAUGCAUUGGGACCCCGAGUACUCUGACGUAAAAUUGGUUCAGACCAUGAUGUUCCUUUCCGAAGUAAAGAACAUUAUUGAAAAGGCUUUGCAGAUUGUUCGACCAGGCACACCUGCAGAUGUAAAUUCUAUUCCUCUGGUGUUGUGUGCAGAUCUCAAUUCUCUGCCUGAUUCUGGUGUUGUCGAGUACUUAACAUCGGGAGACGUUGACACGAAUCACAAAGAUUUUAAGGAACUGCGGUACAAUAAAAGCCUUCUUAAUUUCAGCUGUAAUGGGAAAAAUGGCACGACCGUUGGUCGAAUCAGUCAUGGCUUCAACCUGAAGAGCGCCUACGAAAGUGGACUGAUGCCUUAUACAAAUUAUACGUAUGAUUUUAAGGGCGUAAUAGAUUACAUCUUCUACUCGAAGCCUCAUCUGAAUGUACUAGGUGUGCUUGGACCUCUGGACCCUCAUUGGUUAAUAGACAAUAGUAUCACAGGUUGCCCACAUCCGCAGAUUCCUUCUGAUCAUUUUUCACUUCUUGCACAACUGGAGCUUUUAAUACCAUGUUUGCAACAGGUAAAUGGACUCAGUCUUGGCAGGAGGUAGUCCAUUACCCCACUGGAGGAGUACCUCUUAAUGUAAUAUGUAAAACUGUAAAAAUCUGUGUAUAGAGAGGAGUGACGUAUGGCCAACAGGGAUUUUUCUUAAUAAUGUUUUUAAAUCAGUUUUAAAUGUAAUAAUUUGAAAAAAUAUAUAUAUAUGUAUAAUAAUGGUUGGGUGCUAUUCACAGUGGCAAUGAAAUUCUGAGCCCCGGUCUGCUUUAUAUACUGUUAAAAUAAACAUUAGAACUGUGCAUUUGCACCUUUUCUUAGUUUAUUACUGAUAUGCCUCCUCUUUCUUCUGAGUAAUUAAGUACUGUUUCAAGAUUUGAAAUAUAGAUUUGCUAUACCCUCUUUGCACAGAAAGCUGUAUGUAGCACUACUGUUAGGCCAGUAGUAACAUUCAGAAAUCAUUCCUUCUGUACUUCACUCCCACAUUUUUCAGAUGUGUUUGUAUAAACUAGAAUUUAAAUUUAGCCUGUACUGAUUGUAUAUGAACCACAGAAUAUCUGAUUUAUGAAAUUUUGUACGCAAGAAUUAAACCAGAUUUGGAAAAUGAUUGUAUUAUAAGAAAAGGCUAAAUUUUUAUAUGUUUUGUGUUACAGAAGCCAGCUUGUUAAAAAAGAAGUUGCAGUGGGUUUUCUCUGCUGAUGAUUUGCACUGUUGGGGUUUUGUUUGCCCAUAUGUAUUUUCUUUUAUGUAUCUUUCCAAAAUCUAAAACUGUUACAGCUUUAAAUCCCAUAAACGCCACUUCAGCUUAUAUGUGUUUUCAAGAUAAAAGGAAAAUUAAAAAAAAAAGGGGGGGGACACUUGUCUUCAGAACUGUUUUCACAAUCCCUACUACAUAGAGUUCACGCAGCUACUCAGGACAGUAAUGUAUACUACUGUUUUAGUGUGAUCCAUUGUAAUGGAUUCCAGACAAACUUAAUUUCAUCUUACAUUUUCCACAUUGCUCAACAUUUCUGGUAAAUUCUGACUUAUUGGGACUAUUGUACCUUUCCUCAGAACUGUGCCUGCUUUGUUUUGAUCGUGAACAGCACUGCCUGUGCAUGCAGAGAAAACCUGUGCAUCAUCUUUUAUUUUUUAAACGAAUUGUUAACAUUUGUGAAGAUUUUAUGAAAAAUAAUUUUGUAUAAGCUGUGGCAUUUCUUUGUAUUUAUUUUUUCUGAUUUUGGUGAAGCAUCACUUAUUUCGAUUAGAGGACAGGUACAGGAUUUCUGUGUCGUACACUGCAUCCUCACACACUGCUUCAUUCUCCUCCAUGUAGUGCAUCCCUUUUCAACCAAGGAACGCUAUUAUUUAUGUAUAUAUACAGUGUUUUGUCUUUUUUAGUGUGUUUUGUAAAUUUCAUGGAAGUCCCUGUUAGUACUUAAAAUCUUUCUGUUCUGAAGCAGUGUAGAUACAGUUUGCAGCACAGGUCCCAAAGACAAUUUUUUUAAAUGAUUGAAAGAGGAAAAAAAAAUCGGGUUUUACUCUCAUGUGCUAAGCUAGACUAAAGCCGAACUUCCCCUUUGUUGUGUGCCAUUAAUUAGUCGUUUAUAAUGCCAAGUAUAAAAUGUUAAUAAAUGUUGCUGGUUAUCAAGGAAGAGGAAACGUUAAUGUUUGUUCUUAUUUUAUGAAAUGGAAUUGUUUUCUUUAGUCUAGCUUGUUGUUCCUACUGCUGGCAGAGGAGUGCACGUGCCGCAUGAGAGUAAAACCUUAUUUUACACGCUAGGAGUGUUCGAUAAAUCACGACUGCUGAAGACGACUUGAAAUGUUGUGAAGUUUAACUGACAGCACUUAAUACACUUUGGAAUGGUGCAGCUCAACCUUUAAUUUUAGGUUUUGAAUAAAAUAUAUCCCAAGUUUGCUUCAGAAACGAGACUGGACACAGAAGAGUAUGAAGAUAUUAAACUUUGUCUGGGACCUGAUGUAUUUUCUUAUUAGUUGGGACAGCUGGCAAGCGUGUCCACUCUUAAGCAGUACACAGAAACGUUGUUAGUAUUAUUGUAGAGUAAGUAGUACUUUAUUUUGUAAUUUGUAAAUAAAAGGUGUCCAUUCAUCUUUCCUUA